CAGCCACAGCCGCCGCCACCUACCGGCCGGACUGGAAGCGUCUACGCGGCCUGGCCCGGGCCCGGGUAGAGGUGAAGGCUUUCGUCACCCAGGACAUUCCAUUCUACCACAACCUGGUGAUGAAACACCUCCCGGGGGCCGACCCUGAGCUCGUGCUGUUGGGCAGCCGCUUCGAGGAGCUGGAGCGAAUCCCACUCAGCGAAAUGACCCGUGAAGAGAUCAAUGCACUGGUGCAGGAGCUCGGCUUCUACCGCAAGGCGGCGCCCGAGGCGCAGGUGCCCCCCGAGUACCUGUUUGCGCCAGCUAAGCCCUUAGAGAAAGCUUCUGACCACGCCGACCUGUAGGUCCCGGGGCGUGGCUGAGCUGGGACGACGCUGCCUGAACUCCGGAGACAGAAUGAAGCGUUCAGCAUCCCGGGAGUACCUCCCUUGCUGAGGGCCGACGCCCCGUCUCCGGGCCAGCGGGAAUGGGGCUUGGGAGGCUGCUCCCAACCCCUCUUUCUUCCCUUCCCAGCUCCACUAAAUCUCCUUCUACCUUAA